CCUGGGAGGAGGGGUUCCGUUGCAACAAAGCUUUCAUCUUAAAAGGACAAACUUGAGAGGAUCAGCGUUCGAGUCAAGAUCCGGGGUCGAAUCUCUUACUUUUGUUAGGGCUUUUGUUUUCCUUUGUUCAACAAGGAGGGGCGAGAAUAUACUGGGACCAACCUCUUUUCACACGGCCAUGAGCAUCAACGGUAAUAUCCCACGCUCGGCGCUUUCACCUGUUUCCGUAGCUGGCAGCGAUUGGUCUGGAAUAUCAGGGUACCAGAAGAGAACCUCUGAUCAACAAUACGGGGGACCACCACCUCGCAGCGGUUCACUUGCAAGCGGCGAGGGUAUGGGGCCUCCGGGACAGCGCCAGAAUGUCUCACCACCAUCAUCGAUAGCUCGAUCUUCGGAUGGAACUGGCCUAUACGCUCAAAGUGAUGCCUCGUCCCUCAAGGAUAUUAUUCACGACGAGGAAGUCGCCGCUCACCAUUCCGCCUUGAGGAAACUUUUACAACCAUAUCUAUCACAGUCCGGCGAUUCCCGACCUAAUAAGGCCCGCGACAAGCUUCUUCGGCUAAGCGUGGUCCAAUUCCGGGAACUUAGUACCGAUGUUUACGAUGAGCUUCAACGACGGGAAGGGGUGGACGCGAGUUCUGGUCCUAACGACAAAUAUCCGCCCUACUUGCUACCAAAAGAAAAGUUCCAUCCGAAGAGAAACCAGGCUCGGCAGAAGCUCAGCUCGCUCGCUGCCACAAGGUUCCGGGAUUUGGCUACGGACGUGUUUUUUGAACUGGAGAAGAGAUAUCCGAAAUAUGCUACGGAGCUUACAAGGGAGAGGAGUCCCACGAACAGUGUGGAUGGUAGGGGAAUGGCGCCUCCGGGGAGACUCGGGAGCCCUGGUCCGGGAAGGAUUGGGAGCACUGGCCCUUCGGGAAGGAUGGGAUCACCGGGUCCUGGUCAGAUGCGUGGACCUCCGGGAAGUGCUCCCGGCCCUUACGGACCGGGUCCGAAUGGCUUGCCUAGGAUGGGGCCAGGUGGGCCUUCUCGGAAUGGCCUACCAGGUGGACUAGGACCUCCCGGAAUGGAGGGGGGUGGCUCGCCUAAUAGAGGAGAUGCUCCUAGCUCCUUUGGAAGACCAUUGCCCAAGACAUUCCAACCCGGCACUGUUAUUCCGAAUAAGAGUACCAUGGUUGACAAGAAACUUAUCGCCGAGUAUCAAGGCAAGGUUGAAAUACUUCAUGAUAAGAUUGUAGGACUUGAGGGUAGCUUGGAAGAUAGGGAUCAGGAAAUUGCCAAGCUGAAGGAUGAACAGAGGCGGAAAGAGAGUGGCCACAAUCGGGACAGGCAGGAAUGGGAGAACCUUAAACGAGAUCUCGAGGAGAAACUCACAAAUGCCGAAAAUCUUAAUCAGAAUAUCCAGAACGAACUUUCGAGCGUAAAGGCUGAAAAAUCUGCCAAUGAGAGGAGUUUGAAGGAUCAGUCGGAGGAUUCGCGGCAAACGGUUGGCGGCGCCUCGGAUAUGAAGUACGAAGAUCUGUUGAAGCAACAUGGGGAGCUGAAGACGGAAUUACGAGAGCAAGAAGAGGUCACUGAAGAAGUUCGUCGCGAGGCUAUGGAGUUCUUGAGUCAGAUGAAGUCAAUUUCGGAGCGGGCGGAUCACUCUUUCGAGCGAGAAGAGAAACUGACUUUGGAAAUUGGAAAGCUUCAGGAUGAGCUUAAAGAAUGGAAGGCUCGAUAUGCCCGCACUAAGGCUACUCUUAGGAGUCUUAGAACAUCCUCCAUGGGGCUGGCCUUGCAAUCACCAACUUCCCUCAUUUCUAAGGAAGGGGGCCUCUCGGAUCCUGAUGGUCUCGUAAAGGAUGUUCACGUUACUCGGUUCCAGAUCUCAAUUGAUGAGCUCCUACGAACCGCUAGAGGUGCCAACUAUUCGCAAACGUUGGAGUAUGUUAAGGCGGUGGUCAUGGCAACUAGGUCGAUUACGGAGGAUAUCGAUGAGUCCAAGACACAUAAUGAUGAUAGGCUCAAGUUGAAGUCUAGGGUUUCGGCCACCGCAAAUAACUUGACCACUGCGGCCAAGAAUCAUGCAACUGGCGGAGGAUUGUCACCUGUAUCUUUGGUUGACGCUGCGGCAAGUCAUUUGACCGCAAGCAUUGUGGAGUUGAUCAAGAUUGUUAAGAUCCGGCCUACGCCACAGGGUGACUUGGAAGAUGAUGGGGAAGAUUUGAUCAUUUCUCCUGCUUCAGCAUAUGAAGUGGACCGUGCGGUUAGUGUCGGACUGGUGGCUCAAAAGACGAAUGGGGCUGCAAAGGGACAACCGGGUUCUAGACUUAGCGGAGAUAGUGUCUAUAGUCCUUUGAGUUCUCCAGAGCACUCGCGAGAUAGAAGUAGAAACGGGUCUUCGGGGGGAAAGGACCAAUGGGGAUCCACACUGAGCCCGGCUCGAUCCCCAGCUUUUACGGGCAGAACCGUGGGAAGCAACUUCGAGGAGCUUAGGAUACUCCUGGAGACUCAGAUGGUGGGGAUUGUAGAAUCGAUUCAGUUGCUGCUUACAUCAAUUAGGGCUGGUGACGACAUGCAAACCCUAAGAAAGCAUGUGGACAAUAUCACCCCCGUUGUGUGGAAGGUGCUACAAAGCACGGAGAAUUCCAUGCAGGAGCCCGGCAAUGGAACGUUGAUUGGCCGUGAAGGUUGGAUUGUGGCGAAUUUGAGCAAGUGUCUCCAGAGCAUGAGCGAGAUGUCAAAUGAAGGGGAGCCAAUCGACGGCCCAGCAGACAAGGAAUUCAGGGGGCGUUUAGCAUCCCUGGCAUUUGAUUUGGUUAGAGAAACCAAGGAACUCAUUCGAACCGUUGAGGAUAUUAACAGCCAGAGUCGUGGUGGGGCCCAAAUGAUGAACCAGAUCAUGAGCGACGAUAGCUUACGUUGAUGGCAAUGAUGUCGGAGUGACUACCUUUUUUUAUAUGAUACUAUUAGUUUAUUACUGGGUUAUUUCGUUUCUCGUUGUUUCUUAUCUGCACCAUCUACGAGGAAGACAAUAUCCUUGUUUUUUCUUUCCCUUUCCCUAUUCAUAUAUUUUCAUUUCUAUUAUGGGCGCCAAUAGACAAUGAUACGGACGGUUGGGGGGAGUGUGAGUACAUAAGUUGUAGUGAGGCCUUUUUUCUUCAUGUAUUAUUUCGUGUUGGGCGCUCAUUUCUUCGUUUCUUGGAGAGGAGUUUAGGUUUUCUCUUGAAAUUGUUUUCCCGUUUCUGUUAGAUCUGUUUUAGUAUCCUCUUGUUUUAUUUUUCUAUGCUGUUGAAUCAAAAGUACGAUAUGAUACGAUGACCGAGCUGUAUGUGUCCGAAAUUGGUUUUUU